ACUGUAUUACUGAAAGACUGGAUUGUCGAGACUAAAUAUUUGAAUUCAUCAUUUGCGGGACAAACAAAUACUCAAUUGAGAAAGGGAAUUAGAUUUAAAUAACUGCAUGAAACAGAUAAAUCCAAACCAUAGAAACAAUGAGUAGUGCACGUAAAGACGAUGUUGAAAUUCCCGAUAUCGUUAUCGACCCAGCGACAGGAAAAAGAUACAUGAAAGGGCGGUAUCUUGGAAAGGGAGGAUUUGCAAAAUGCUACGAAUUGACGGAUUUGGACACAAAAGUUAUAUUUGCGGGAAAAGUUGUUCCCAAAACCUUAUUAGUAAAGCAGCACCAAAAAGAUAAGAUGGCCCAAGAAAUCAGCAUCCAUCGAAGUUUAAAUCACAAACAUGUUGUUCAAUUUCAAAGCUUUUUUGAAGAUUCUGCGAAUGUCUACAUUCUUUUGGAGUUGUGCAGGAGAAGAACUUUGAUGGAGUUGCAGAAACGAAGAAAGUCUAUAACAGAACCAGAAACUAGAUAUUUUGUGAGACAGACCAUUGAAGCUUGUCAGUAUCUUCAUAAUAUAAAUGUUAUACACCGAGAUUUGAAACUUGGUAAUCUAUUUCUGAAUGAUGAUUUGGAGGUAAAAAUUGGUGAUUUCGGAUUGGCAACAAAAUUAGAAUAUGAUGGCGAAAGAAAGAGAACUUUGUGUGGCACACCAAAUUAUAUAGCCCCAGAGGUUUUGGGAAAAGUUGGUCAUAGUUAUGAAGUUGACAUCUGGUCUUUGGGUUGUAUUGUCUACACAUUAUUAGUUGGACGUCCUCCAUUUGAAACAUCCUGCUUGAAAGACACCUAUCUGCGGAUCAAACACAACAGAUACCAUGUGCCUUCCAAACUUAGUAUACCUGCAAAAAAUCUCAUCAACAAGAUGCUGAAGGGCAAUCCAAGUGAAAGACCAAACAUAGUGCAACUUUUGGAUGAGGAAUUUUUCACCUCAGGUUAUCUCCCUUCUCGCCUACCAACCAGUUGUUUAACCAUGGCGCCUAGAUUUGAUACCAUUGCUCGAUCUGAGGGACUUUCUCGUAAACCACUUACAGACAUCAAUAGCAUAGAAUCUCGGCCUGUAAGUACUUCAGAUCCUAAGAAAGACCAAGAGAAGAAAGAUCCUGGAGAAUCAACAGAGAAAUCUGAAGCACUAAGAAAAACUGAUGAACCUCUUGACUACUGGUUAUCUGAUCUGUACACACAACUAUCUACAGCUGUUGCUUCGAAACCAAGUGAAAGGCCGAAUAUUGUAGAUGAUGAUGCUGAGGAUCCAGCAGCUAUGCCUAUUUAUUGGGUGUCGAAAUGGGUAGAUUAUUCAGAUAAAUACGGCCUUGGUUACCAGCUCUGCGAUAAUAGUGUAGGAGUGCUUUUCAACGAUUCAUCAAGACUCAUCCUACUGGCCAACGGAGAAAAUGUACAUUAUAUUGAAAGAGAUGGAACAGAACAUUACCAUACCCUGAAAGUUUUCCCAGAAAGCUUAACCAAGAAAGUAACUCUACUAAAAUAUUUCCGUAAUUACAUGAAUGAACAUCUUCUGAAGGCCGGGGCCAAUAUGGUACCAAGAGAUUCUGAUGAGAUGGUCAGGUUACCAUACCUUAGAACCUGGACACGCACAAGAAGUGCUAUUGUAUUGCAUUUAAGUAAUGGCACCCUUCAGAUAAACUUUUUUCAAGAUCAUACAAAAGUUAUUUUAUGUCCGUUGAUGGGAGCCGUUACCUACAUAGAUGAGAAGCGUGAUUUUCGCUGCUAUCGUUUCAGUCUUGUUGAAAAGUUUGGUUGUUCUAAAGAAAUAUCCAGUCGGUUGCGAUAUGCUCGUUCUAUGGUUGAGAGACUAAUGACUUCCAAAUCGGGCUCUGGUCGAAUAAAAUCGGCAUCUUAAACUCUAAAUUCAUCACUUUAAAUUAUAUAAUUUCAAUUACAUGUAUAUUAACUGUUGGCUUUGUAAACAUGAAAUAUGUAAUUAAAUUGUUACAUGUAUGUACUAUGGACCAGGUCAUUUUCUGACACAUUCACCCAUUUCAAUAACAAAGAAAUAAAGAUUAAUAGAAAAGGU